CCUGCGGUGCGGUUGUGUGUCGGUAGUCUGUUCUGGUAGUGUUAUUUUUUUUUUUUUUUAUGUUCAGUGUCAAAUAAUAGUUGUAACUUCGUGAUAAGUAUAGUUCAUAGUUGGCGAAUGAUAUUCGAAUUCUGUGUAGUGCAUUGCAAUACAGUUCUGGGAAUUGAAAACAACUCUUCGUGAUGGGCGAUUACGACAGAAUCCACAGAAUGUGUCAAAAACGCGGGGAAUUAUGGGAGGAUCCCGAUUUCCCGGCCACCCAGUCGUCAGUGUUUUACCACCAAAAGCCACCAUUCCAAUUCGUGUGGAAAAGACCCAAGGAGAUUUGUAAUAGACCGGUUUUCGUCAGUGAUUCUACGUCUCAAUUUGAUAUCAGUCCAGGAAAAAUGGGCGAUAAAUGGCUCGUAUCUUGUCUGGGCGUUCUGUACCUUUGUAAAGGUUUGUUUUAUCGCGUAGUGCCGGCCGACCAGUCGCUUUCCAGUGAAAAAGAGUACAGCGGUGUUUUCCGGUUUCGUUUGUGGUGGUGUGGCGAAUGGAUGGAAGUGUUGGUCGACGAUAGACUUCCAACCGUUAACAACCGGCUGGCGUUUUUGCAAUCUACACAUACCGAUCAGUUUUGGCCGGGAUUGCUGGAAAAAGCGUACGCCAAAUUACAUGGUUCGUAUGAAGCUCUUAAAUAUGGUACUCUUUUGGAUGGACUCGCUGAUCUGACUGGUGGUAUCACGGAAAGCAUUAAUAUUCGACAAGACCAAACCACUUGUGGUAGAAUGAUUGCGAAAAUGUUGGACAUGACGUCUAUUGUCACUUGCACAGUACAACCGGUCUCACCUCAGGCUAAUAAAAGCGUACCAGAAAAACUAACAAACGGUAUUCAGAUCGGAAUCAAUUACAGGCUGUGCACCGUGGAAAGGUUGGAAACGUACAAAAACGAGCCAAUACAAUUGUUCAAAUUGCGACAGCCCGGCGGUACCGGCUCCGAGUAUAACGGUCCGUGGUCCAGGGAUUCCGACGAUUGGGAUAAUGUUCCACACAAAGAAAAAGAACGCAUAAACGCCAUUCAUUUGAUGGAAGGAGAAUUUUGGAUGAAUUACAACGAAUUCGUGAAGACGUUUACUCACGUCGAAAUGGUACACUUGGACAGUGACACCAGCCGAGACGAACCGUCUCUGCAUCACAAGAGGACAUGGCAAAUGCGUCUUCAUCAAGGUACUUGGCAAAGAGGUGUGACGGCCGGAGGAUGUCGAAAUAAUCCAGAAACUUUUCACAUUAAUCCGCAACUACAUUUAAUCUUGAGCGAAAUGGAAGAAGUUGUAAUUUCAUUGAACCAACACAGCAUUAUGGAACCUAAAGUGAUCGGUUUCACGUCGUAUUCGUUACCAAAAGCGUGUAUGGACUCGACGGGCAAAGAUUUUUUCAAAAAAAAUAAAUCACUAGUUAACUCACAAUACACCAACAGCAGACAAGUAAGUCAUCGAUGCUUUUUGGACCAGGGUGGAUAUUUAAUAAUACCUACCACGUUUGAACCGGGUCAAGAAUCGGGGUUCACGUUGAGAGUGUAUUCGAGCAAACCAUUAAAACUCAAAUUACUUGACACUGUCCCUUCGCUAUUGAAAUCAGCAAUAAUGAAGGCACCAGUAAAUUUGGAUGGUAAGACAUUUGUCCAAUACGAAUCGGUGUUCCUACAGUUAGCCGACGAGCACAGGACAGUGAAUGCAUUUGAACUCCAAGAGCUCCUAGACGCUUGUUUGCCAAAUGAUUAUAUAAAGAGUUGUGCUAGCAUGGAAGUCUGCCGGCAAGUAGUCAUCACCUUGGACAGCACUGGCAGUGGACGACUGAAGUUUAACGAUUUUAAGGACCUGAUGUGUAGCCUCAAGUAUUGGCAGACGGUGUUCAAGAACCAUUCGAAAGACAAGACUGGCAUUCUGAAAGCCGAACGGCUAAAGGACGCGCUGCUGGAAGUGGGCUUCCAGGUGAACACCGAAGUGUUGUCGAUCCUUAUACUUAGGUACAUGCGGAAGGACGGCACCUUGAGGUUCGGUGACUUCGUUUCCGCCAUCCUGCACCUGAGCAUCGCGUUCAAUCUGUUCGAGUCGAAGGAUCCUCUUCUCAACGGCAACAUCAAACUAAAUCUCGCCGAAUGGCUCAAAUCCGCGUUCGUGUGCUGACGCGGUCCUUUGCUCAAUUCAAUUUUUUUUUUUUUUGUUUUUUAUUCGACAAAAGCCUAAUUGUGAUCAUAUAAUUGUGUACACCUUCCUCGACUGUAAACUUUUAUCUCGUUACAAAAAUAUUAUAAUAAUCACUUUACCGUUUAUAUUCUUACUCACUUCGAAGUCAAAAUGGACAACAAUCCCAUAGUAUAAUAAUAAUAAUAAUGUUAUUGUAGUGAAAAUGGGUUACGAUUGCCGUUUUAGCUUUUAGUUAUAUACAUAUUGUGAGUCAGUGAACCAAUGUAUAAUAUUAUAGUAAUGUAUUAUUUUAAUUAUGA